CCCCCCCCCCCCCUCCCCCGAAGGCAUGCAUGCGCAAGGAGCCAAGGAAAGAAGGAAGCAAGGAACUCUUCUUCGUUCUUCCUCUUUCGGAUGCUUGGUUGAUGUUGAUCUCUGUUCACGGUGGCCUCCUUUUCAUUUGUGACUGAACCUUACUGGUUUCUUUGUGCUAGGUUUGAACAGCCGUAGCAGAAGAUCAGGGAGAAGAGGGUUGGAACUCGAAGCUGGAUGAGGGGGAGAGAGACAGAGGGAGAGUUAGGGGUGGGAUUGCUUGACACGCGAGGGGAUUCGAGGAGGCGUGGGGUUCACGAGAGUGGCGGAGGAUUUGUGGAUCCGGGUGGGAAGUGUGUGAGAUGAGGUCGGAUUGGGUGAGGUUUUGAGGGGCAAGAGUGGUGGAAUUUGAGAUGCUGCGGAGUGCAGGAGUAGGAGGAGGAGUAGGGAGAGGACUGGUUGGGGAUGUUGCGCAAGAGGUGGCUUCGCUCAAUGUGCACGAAGACGAGCUUGAGUGUCGGAUCUUGGAGUGCAAAUAAGAAGAAUGGAGAUGGAAGUAUUGCCAGGAGUAUCGGGACUUAGGGUACAGAAGAUUGGAAGACGAAACGACUCCUAAGUUGUUGUAACCAGGAAGUUUGAGGCUUAAUUGUUGCCGAAAAUUUAAGAUCCAGUAUUUGAGUGGCUCUGUCAUCCUUCGAGAUCAUGUAUCUGUCCAGCGAGAGGCCUCCCAGCCUGGGGCCUAUCAUGACUUCAAUGGCCCAACCUAUGGAACAAGUGGAGAGGAGGAGCCUCAACUCUGAACUAUGGCAUGCUUGUGCGGGACCCUUGGUUUCACUACCUCCUGUUGGUAGUCGGGUGGUUUAUUUUCCUCAGGGACACACAGAGCAGGUUGCAGCAUCAACGCAGAAGGAGGCCGAUGCUCAUAUCCCCAACUAUCCCAACCUUCCAUCACGGCUUGUCUGUCUGCUUGACAAUGUCACGCUUCAUGCCGAUCUUGAGACGGAUGAAGUUUAUGCUCAAAUGACAUUGAUACCCGUACUUCCUGCCAAUGAGAAGGAGGCUCUCAUUUCUCCCGAUAUAGGAAUGAGAAGCAGACAGCCGACAGAGUACUUCUGCAAGACCUUGACGGCCAGUGAUACUAGCACUCAUGGCGGCUUUUCUAUUCCGCGGCGAGCUGCCGAGAAAGUCUUCCCUCCUCUGGACUAUACCCAGACACCACCAGCUCAAGAAUUAAAAGCCAGGGACUUACAUGAUCAGGAGUGGCACUUUCGACACAUAUAUCGUGGUCAACCACGAAGGCACUUGCUGACUACAGGCUGGAGUGUCUUCGUGAGCGCAAAAAGGCUUCAAGCUGGUGAUGCAGUUUUAUUCAUCAGGGAUGAUAAAGGCCAAUUGCAGCUCGGAAUUCGUCGACAAAAUAGGCAACAAACGGUGAUGCCCUCGUCAGUGUUGUCUAGUGACAGCAUGCACAUCGGAGUACUAGCAGCUGCAAAUCAUGCAGCUGCUACAAGUAGCCGUUUCACCAUCUUCUAUAAUCCGAGGCAAAGCCCAUCAGAGUUUGUCAUCCCUGUUGCAAAGUACCAAAAGGCUAUAUGCAGUCUGCAGGUCUCAGUUGGGAUGCGAUUUCGGAUGGUAUUUGAAACCGAAGAAUCCAGUGUUCGAAGAUACAUGGGUACAAUCACUGGGAUGGGUGAUUUGGAUCCUAUUCGUUGGCCCAACUCUCACUGGCGCUCUUUGAAGGUUGGUUGGGAUGAAUCGACCGCAGGUGAGAGACAAAGGCGAGUUUCACUAUGGGAGAUAGAACCAUUGACAACACCGUUUCUUCUGUGCCCUCCACCCGUUGCUUUCCGAACAAAACGCCCUAGAGGCGGAAGAGACGAGGAGAUAGACUCCACGUCGAAGAAGUCAUCGUUCUGGUCAGGGGACGAGGACACUGGUGUUCUGGGAGGAUUGAAUUUUCGAAAUCUGUCCAUGGAUUCUUGGAUGCGGCCUCAGCAACCUGGGUUACCAACGCAACAGAAUGAGUAUUACCGAGCGCUUGCAGCGGCGGCUCUUCAAGAGUUCCGGACUCCGGAUUGUUCAAAACACCCGACAUCUCGUUCUCAACCGUCUAUUUCCCCACAAAUGCAAUUUCGUUCACAGCCACAAAUGCAAUCAGGUCAUCAUGGAGUGCAACAUGUGUCCGAGGCAUGUGGACCAUUGCUUCAACUUUCAUCAAGUCGUCCUCAGUCUCCCCUUGAGGUUGGUAUGAAUAUGCCACAAUGCUCAGGGUACAGCGAAGAGGACAUACAGAUGGCUUCAUCGCCCUCUGCCUCUGGGUCAUAUCCUCUUCACUCCAUGCUGGGCCGAACUCACCUUGGGUGCGAAACUGGACAAGUUGGGCUCAUGAUGCGCCCAACUCAAAAUGCUCAACAAAGCCAAUCAGGGCCCAUCCUUCAUGGAGGAAGUACUAUUGGCCACGAGCCUCAGGUGUCUUCUUCUUGGUAUCCGUCCAAUCGAGAUCCAAAUCAACAUGAUGUGUCUGCGCGUAUGAAUCAGCUGGACACUUCUCCAACUUCGAGAGUUUCUGGCUCUUUUUCCCUCUCACAGCAGAGCGAGGGAAAUGGUCAAUCUGGGCUGACAGGAAUGCCUGUACCUGCCUCAUCUUUCAUGUUCAGGGAGAGUGGUCAAGAGCAGGAUUCAGUACAGUCUGACCGUCAUCUUCUAUUUGGUGUCUCUAUUGAGCAGCAACCAUUGGGGGCUUCAAACCCUGUUGCAUCUAUUCAUUCUCAAUCAUAUCCCAAAAACAAGGAUGUCCAUAAUCGUUUUUCGGGCAACAACAUGCUUCAGGGAUCCUAUUGCUCAUCUACAAUGCCAGAUAUUUCUACUAUGAAUGGCGUGGGUCUUGAUGAAAAUGGUAUGUGUCAGAGAGGUGCACCAUGGGCAACGAUGUCACCUGCCCCUGUGCGUACUUUUACAAAGGUCCAUAAGCUCGGAAGUGUAGGCAGGUCAAUAGACGUUCAAAAGUUCCAAAACUAUUCAGAGCUUCGAGCUGAGCUGGCUAGACUAUUCAACCUGGAUAACUUAUUGGACGAUCCUCAAAGAACAGGCUGGCAGCUUGUGUUCGUAGAUAAUGAAAAUGACACCCUCCUUGUCGGUGAUGAUCCCUGGGAGGAAUUUGUUAAUUACGUACGAUCUAUCAAAAUUCUGUCGCCAAACGAAAUACAGCAGAUGAGGCAAGAGCAACUUGAAAUUUUGAACACCGUCCCGAUGCAGCAGCGCCCCACUUGCAGCAAUUCUGAGGAUGCCCGUACACAGACGUCUCCUCCCAACACCUCCACGUUGUCCUUGGAGCAUGGACACUCCGGUCCCGGAUGAGAAGGAAUUGGAUCUCUUGACCCACAAAUAAAUGAACCUGUCACUGCAGUUAUUUAUUCAAUAGUGUGCUACCUUGAAGACCCUAGCUCUUAGUAUGAGAGCAUGCCACUCAGUACGGCAACGAAGAUGAAACUGUGCUGCAGUUAACAGAGCUUUUCUACAGCGAAGAGCUUGCAAGAGGUCUAUUUAUUUUUAGUUCGUUCUAACGUACCCCAUGAAACCGGAGUGAAGGAGCAGAGGAAAGCAACAGUCUGUAAAGAGACUAAUUGCCAGAUGACCUGCGGCUUACAAGUACGGUUAUAAUUAGCAACUUUGAGCAAUCGUCUCUAUACUGCUGCAAUUUAUGCGAAUAAACGAAGGAGAUUGAGGAGCUUCUAUGAACGCUACCUUGCGCUAGUUUUGGAAUCACUCCCUGGUUACCAACCUUGUAAGUUAGAUUUUGAACAUUUGGUAAGUUGUAGACUUGAAGAGAUCUUUGCAUGAAAGCUGGGCUAUGCUAUAUCCUUAUGCUUGGCAGCCUGGAGUUCAUAUGAGCUCUCUUCCGAGGUAUAGUAUUUGGGCAUUUUCUUUAGCAUCUUGCAAUGAUUAGAGUGUUUUUAAAAUCACACUUAUGCCAUAGUCGCAGAAGGAUUGCCUAGCGGAACCAGUGCAGCACAGUGAGCUUUAAUCUCCACUGCAUGUGUCACAACAUAAUUGUUGCGCAAUGUCUAGAAAAUGGAGACUUAGCAUAUUUUUAUGCUGAAAGUAAGUAACAGUUAUGUGCAGUGACACAUCAGAAAGUUCUUUUAACGUGAAAUGAGGAUCAUUGUAUAACUUUAUUUGAGAGAUUCAAUGGGAAUGAUUUCGUACAAUCAAAUUGACUCA